UGUCUGCUACCAUUUAGCAAAAUAUCUCAAGACGGGAGGAAGCAAACAGAAAGUUGUUUCGUUUAAUGCUAAAAACUGACAAUGGCAACGCCCAAGAAAGUGGUUCUUUUAGCGUGCGGCUCAUUUAAUCCACCAACGAACAUGCAUCUGCGAAUGUUUGAGCUAGCCAAGGACCAUCUACAGAGAUCAGGGAAAUACAGUGUGAUUGCCGGCAUCAUGUCGCCUGUAGGGGAUUGGUACGGAAAAAAGGAUCUCGAGAAAUCAAAAUACCGAUGUGAGAUGGUUAGACGAGCCCUUAAGUCUAACAAAUGGAUCAGGCUUGACACAUGGGAAUGUGAACAACCAAACUGGUUGAGAACAAAGCUGGUGUUGGACCACCACAAGGAGAUGCUAUCAAACCAGGCCAAUAUCAGUGUGAAAUGUACACCCAACAAGAAGAGAAGAAAGGAUCGAAGGAAUGAAGAUGUGAUAGGAAGCACAGAUUCCUCAGCGCUCCAGGAUAACAAAGAUUUGAGUGAUGUUGAGUUGAAGCUGCUGUGUGGUGGAGAUCUUCUCGAGUCAUUUGCUGUACCAAACUUAUGGGCUGAUGAGGAUAUUGAAGACAUUGUUGGUAACUAUGGACUUGUGUGUAUUACAAGAAAUGGUUCGGACCCGAGAAAAUUCAUCUACGAGUCAGAUGUGCUUACAAAACACCAGGACAAUAUUCAGAUAGUUACAGAGUGGAUUACAAACGAUGUCAGUUCCACAAAAAUCAGACGAGCCUUGCGACGAAGCGAAAGUGUGAAAUACCUACUACAGGAUACGGUGAUAGACUAUGUCCGAGAACAUGGACUUUAUGGCGCUGUGUGUGAUAAUAAGUAUAUGGAGACAAAGUCCAUCUCCCCGGCCUCUUCUGACAUCAUGGAUUAUCUUGAUGAGCCUCAAACACAGAAUGAGGUCAUCACCAUAGUUACAAAGGAAAGCGCAUCCAAAUCUCCAAGGAGAUCAUGUGAAAAGCUUGAUUCUGUGAGCUUUCCUGGGUCACCCAGACGCUUUGGAAGUCCAAGCAAGCUUCAAAAAGGUGUGUCUCCAUCUGCAUCACCAAGACGCUUGACGACAGAUGAGGAUGAUCUAGAUCCGGAGAGUUCUGGAUCUCCUAAAUCUCCAUUGAAUCAGCCAUGUUUGACAGAUAUCGGGACGAUCGUUCGGAGAGUAAGGAACGUACGUGUUAGUUUUACGCCUGAGACACGUGUGUUUGCUUAUGCUGCCACAGAAACUUGUGUUUAGCUCAGUGUUCGCUUUUGUGUGCUCAGAUUUCUUACUUAAGUUUAAAAGGGACUCAUUAGCAUAAAAUAAUUUACUACGUAAGCUUUUUGGCAGAAUUGUGCGUUUUCUGUUGCAUUAUUUUUAACAAUUGUAAACAAUAUAGCUUUUUUUUGUUUGAUCAUUCAUUGAACCAAGCAUUUUCUCACAUUUUUCGGGAAAUUAUUUUUUCUGAUGUCUGACCCCAUAAAAACAUGUUGGAGUCCCUUUCAAUGGGUUUAUACAUUGAUUGGUUUAUAGUUGACGCAAGUGAAACAUUAGUUUUGUUAUGAUAAUAAAAAAACUAGAUUUGUAAAAAAAACUAUAUUUAAACGCAUAUCAAUCAUGAAUUAUUUUUAUGAGUAAAAAAAACGUGCAAUAUAUAAAGUACUUUUAAUAAUAUGGUGCAACAAUUUCAAAAGACCAAAGAUAAUUUAUUGUCAAAUGGUGCUUAGUAUUAAUUAAUGAUAUGUACCGGUACUAUUUCCCUAAAUUAUACAUAUAAUUUAGAAGACAAAUGUGUCAGUAGAAUGCCUUAGAUGUUGUCAUUUGUUAGGUGCAAUAUUUUUUUUGAAUCUCGGUUUAACCUUCUUUGCAAAGUUUCUUUGGGGAAAAAGACUUUCAAAAACAAUUUGGGUUCAUUUUAACAAUGGAUAUUUUCUACUGUCACUUUUUCAAACCAUUUCUGAGUAGCUAUAAUAUCUUAUAAAUGAUUAUCAAUAAAUUCUAUUAUAAAAUGUAUCAGUUAUUUGAUUUUGCAAGAAGAGCUUUCAGAUUAAUAUGUGACAUACACAUUAUAUUUUAAUAUUCAAUUGAAGUAAUUGAUUCAACAAUAUUUUGACAUACGCUGGUUGAUCAGAGCCUAAAUGAAUACAAUAUCUAUGUAAAAGUGCACCAGUAACAAUAUUCUGUUUUGUACUAUUUCAGCAAUAUUUGCUUAACAAUGUUGUAACUUGUUAUUAUAAUAUUUUGUCAUGUGAUUAUAGCUCAUUAUUGUAGUAUCUACAUGUGACUUCAGCUAGCCAUGCCAAAGACAUAUACAUGUUUGUAUCUUUCAUAUUUUAAUAUUUAUUUAUUCAUUGUUGUACUUUUUAAUCAUGAACCUGCAUUGGGAGAUCCAGUUCUAUACAUAUAUAAAUAGUCUUAGGCAACAGUUUUUUAUUUUGCGUUACUCGGAACUGCUGACUCGAUCUUAUGCUAAUAUAAAUAUAUCAAUCCCCACUUUUUUGCGAAGCAACGCUGAAAAUCAGUCUGAUAAUGAUAUCUUCCAUUUGAUCGUCUGUAUUUGCUAGGCUCUUUUGGUAUAUUUUUAAUAACAUUUCAACAUUGGAGGAACCAGACAUUAGUUUGACAAAAUCAAAUUGAAAAAUGAUAAUAAAAAAUACAAAGUUUUCCACUGAUGUUAAUAUAUAUAUACAUAAAACACUUUUGCUUUCAACUGGAAGGCAUUGAACGUUAACUGGUCAUAUUGAUAUAGUAUUUUAUUUAUUUUUCCCUUGAGCGGAUUGUCCUUUUGCAACUGUUUGAUGAUUCACUAAAGACAAAAAUAAUGGGAUGUAGCAUUAUGACAUAAUACUCAUCAAAAUAUACUAAGUAAUGCAUCAUGUAAUUUGCAAAUAAAUUUAACUUGUCUUGCAUUGCAAGUUUUGAAAUUGCAUGGAAUUUUGCACACUAUGACUUGAAAUUUCAAAAAGUUGUCGUUUGAAAAUGUUGCCGUAAGGUAUGUACAGGCUUCUGGUAUUUUUUCUUCCAUCGUAAUCUACCUCAGUCAUAUCUUGCUGAUUUAUGAAAACUGUUGAGCUUAAUUGUUAUUUUAUGUAUAGUUUAAGCGUUUAUUAAUUUGCAGACAUUGUUUUUUGCUAAAUAUUUAUUGAUAUGAAUAUAUGUUACGGUAACUUGUUUGUAUGUUGCUGACAUUUUAAAAAUGACAUUACUAAAGAGGUUAAGUAGGAAGAUAAAUAUAGAUUUUACAUAAGCUGUAGGAAUGUGAUAGUACUGUGUUAGUCAGGGGACAAAGAGAUAAUGUAAGGAAACAAGAUACUAAAAAGGGGGAACAGGAUAGUAAGAAAAUACAUGAGUGGGAGCUGGAUUCUAAUAAUGGGGACAAUGGUAAAAUAAAAGUAUCAAUCACGUGUUUUCAUUACGGAUUGAAAAAACUGACCCGAGGGCACGCAUUUAAGCCAGUUACAAGGCUUGCCGAGUUACCGGCCAUGCAGUGUGUCCAAGGGUAGGAUUUUAAUGAUCCAGACCGGAAAAACAUGAUUGAUAUUUUUUCUUGCAUAUUUAAAAUCAUCAAUUUUUGAAAAAAAUUACGUAGAAAAUGCAUGUAAGUACAUAAGUUCACCAAAAUGCGCAUGCGACAUAGUUUACUGGGCCAUGAAGCGAAGUAAUUUUAAACACUAUUGACUUCAAAUAGUACCUCUUAAAAUCACAUUUUUACAAUUAUGUUUUCAUUUUUAAUUUAAAGUCUUGCAUACUUAUAUAUUUAAUUGCACUUUACUGAAAUGGCAUAACAUACUUUUAAUAAACCAUACCAUAAAAGAAAUAAGGAGUGGCGGUGCAACACCCCGACCCAUCUCAGGGGGAUGUAAAACGGGUUUUUCCAGCACUGGUCACAUGACACACGUCUAGUAUGCAAGAAAACUUAGUCAGAGGGACAAUAUAGUGACAUUGGACACGGGGAACAAGCUAGUAAGUAAGAUACUAAAUGGGGUGGGUGGGG